AUGGAAUUAAAGCACGAAUUGUCCACAUUAUCCCUACUAAAAUUGAUUUCAUUUCUGUUUUGGAGUGGACUAUACUUACAGUGGGCGGUAGAUACAGAGCACAGUCCUGAAUAUUGUUCAAGAGUGGUGACGCUACUCCACGGAUUAGUAGCGUCAUGCGUAGGCCUAGCACAAUGUGGUUUAAAAACGUUUUCGCCGAGCUCGCUAACACUGCCACUAACAUGGAGCCAAUAUGCACUUAUGAUGUGGUCUUGGGGCUAUUUCGCGUUCGACCUCAUGUGGUGUCUAAUCUACUGGACCAAGAAUGCUGUAAUGCUGAUCCAUCAUUUCAGCGCACUCGCAGCUAUUAAUUUAUACAUUAGUAAACAGAACACUGGAUGCAUUUUCGCGUGCACUAUUGCCUUAUUGGAAAUCACCAACCCACUUCUACAAACUCGGUGGUUUCUCCGCAAUGCAGGGCACAAUAAUACCAUACUGUUCUAUGUUGUGGAGUUUACAUAUUUAGUCAUGUUUGUAUCACUCAGAGGACUAUUUGGCACAUAUUUAGUGUACAGAAUAAUCAAAUCUGAAACAUUUGGUGUUUAUGAGAAGCUAAUAACUCUUGCACUAUAUUUGGUUUCACUUAUUUUUAUUUACGAAAUUGUUGGAUAUGUGCUAUAUAAAUACAGAAACAAAAUUGAAGAAUUUAGGGGUUUUGGAAACGAACUAGUGUUUAUAUUACAGGAACAACAAUAA